GGAGAACAAAAGUUUGCAACUAUUCUUUAUAGUUGUCAAAACUCCAUGGAGAUUUUUUGGUGACCCGUGAGGAUUUAAUGGACUCUAUUGCUCCUCCUCUUUGGUGCCAGGGGAAGCAAAAUGGGUUUGGGUUUUAGGCUGAACCUCAAGUGUGGUUUUCCUAUUCAUAAUUCUCAUUGGCAAACCAAUUCUCCUUCCAAGCUUCCAUCUUCUUCUGUUAGAGGCAGGGAAGGCUCUUUCAGUUCAGCAGGGCUGUCCUUUCUGUCUGUUAUAUCUGAGGAAUGUGAGACUUCUAGUAAAGAUCCUCUGAAAGUGUACACGUGUCCAUCUGCAUCCCCACAACUCUUGGAUGAUGGUUUAUCAGAAAUGGAAGAGAAGAUGAACCCUAGGAGGAUGUCAAAGAGUGGCUCAGCUAACAUGAUUGAUGAUAAAGAGUACAGCUUUAUGUCCAGUGCAGGGUUAAGAACAUCUCAUUAUACCUUGUUACUGCAGAAUCUUAAUGUUUUGGAGGAGACUUUUGCUGAUUCAGGUGUGUCAAAGUUGGAAAAGGAGAUCCUGUUGCAAUUAGGAAGGCUCGGAGCUCUGAAGUUAUUUGAGAUCUGUCUAUCAAGAACGCUUAAAACCUCGAGCUUUUUGGAUUUAUCUGACAUACCUACUGAACCGAUUGAAAAGCAUAAGACGGAAAGGAAGAAUAUUGUCCGUUCCGGCAAAAAGGAAGAGCAAAAAUCAAGGAAAAGAACAUCAUAUGAUUCCAAAAAGUUUUCUGGUACCUUGCCUGUGAAACAAAUGAGGGAAGGUUUUAAAAAGCCUAAUCCUUCAUCAGUAAGAAGAGCAUCAAACUCUAGAAGCCGAAGACUUAUGAUGGCUAAAAAUGAGGCAGAAAUGUCAGUUGGAGUUAAGGUGAUCGCCGACUUGGAGAGGCUUAAAGUAACAUUAGAGAAGGAAACCGGUAAGGUACCGACCUUAAGAUGCUGGGCAGAAGCAGCUGGAGUUGAUGAAAAGGUGCUGCAACAACAACUGCAUUUCGGCUGGUACUGCCAAGAUGAGCUUGUAAGGAGCACUCGGUCCUUAGUUCUGUACCUUGCUCGAAAUUAUAGAGGACUUGGAGUAGCCUUAGAUGAUUUGUUACAGGCUGGAAACCUGGGUCUCCUACAGGGUGCUGAAAGGUUUGAUCCCUCACGGGGUUACAGAUUCUCAACCUAUGUCCAAUACUGGAUAAGAAAAUCAAUGUCAAGAUUGGUGGCACAACAUGCCAGAGGGAUCAAAAUUCCUAACACGCUUAGUAAGGCAAUAAAUCGGAUACAGAAGGCUCGAAAAGCCAAUUACAACAGCCACAUGAAAUACCCAGAUGAUGAAGAAAUAGCAAAGAUUACAGGUCUUUCUUUGGCGAAAAUCAGCUCGGCUAGCAGAUGUCUUAGAGUUGUGGGUUCGGUAGAUCAUAAGAUAUGGGAAUGCUCGGCCGGGACAUAUAUGGAAUUUACUCCGGAUAUAGCAGUAGAGACUCCUGAAGAAUCUGUCAUGCGGCAGCACAUGAAAAACGAUAUUCAUGUUCUGCUGGAAGGCUUGAAUUCAAGAGAAAAGAAAGUUUUGGCACUACGAUAUGGUCUAAACUACUGCAACCCCAAGUCACUUGAGGAGAUCGGAAGGCUUUUCCAUGUGAGCAAGGAGUGGAUACGAAAGAUAGAAAAGAAUGCUCUGACCAAGCUGAGGAAUGAAGAAAGCAACAAAAACUUGAGCCAUUAUUUGAAGCAGUGGUAAGUUUCAGAAUAAUGUCCGCAGCAACUCAAAAAGUUUAAGGUUCUGUAUCAGAGCUAGUUGCUAGGCUGGGCGAAUAGUCAUCGGAUAUUGAGACUGUCACUACUUUCUGGGAAACAUAAUAGAAUACACAAACUCACCAUCACUAUUGCAGCUGACAACUCUACCAUGGGAAUUUUUGUAUCUCCCAUUUGAGAAUUAUAUGCCAUAUAUGCUAGCAUUCUUUCAGUUUCCUGGACUGGUUGGGAGAAGUUCAUGUGCUGAUUGUUCUUGUAGAUCCUUCUCAGUUGACUGUAUAGUGUAUUUGUCACUGGUAGUCUGGUACAUAUGAUGAUAUAAUACUGUUAUCUAUA